AUGGGUCGCAGAUCAGGACGCGCCGCCGCCAGGCGUGCGGCUGCUGCUCUAGAGAGCACACCCAAAUCCUUUGAUGCCAUUGUCGACGAGGACGAGCCCAUGCGCGAUGCUGACGCUCCCGAGCCCGAAGAGGAGAAACCAGAACCCGAGGUUGAAGCGGAUGAAGAAGCACAACCCGAGGAAUCUGGAGAAGAGGCGGCCGAGAAGGAAGAAGAGGGGUCCGCCGCGGAGUCUGUGAAGGAGCCGACACCACCCCCAGAGCCUGUAAUCAGGCGCAGGAGGGUUGGCCGACCCCCAAAGAAUCGCCCUCCCGACUGGGAUACGGCAGUCGCGACGCCCGACCGCGAUAGCGAUGCGACGCCGAGACGACGUGGCCGUGGUGGUUGGCGUGGAAGGGGCGGGCGCAAGGGCGCACCUGGACCUAUCAAACAGCAGCAAACGAUUGAUCGAGAGGGCACCGUCGUCGAUAUUGUCGAUGAUGAAUGUGUUCUUCCCGAGGAUCCGGAAGGCGAGACCAAGGUUGAUAAGCUGGGGAACCUACUGGGCGGCCGUGACUACCGAUGCCGUACAUUCACCGUCCUAGGCCGAGGGGAGAGACUAUACAUGCUUUCCACCGAGCCUGCCCGUUGCGUUGGUUUUAGGGACAGUUAUCUGUUCUUUACGAAACACCUGAAACUGCAUAAAAUCAUCGUUGACGAUGACGAGAAGAGAGACAUGAUUGAGCGUGAGAUCAUCCCCCAUUCGUACAAGGGUCGCGCGAUAGGAAUCGUCACGGCUCGCUCGGUCUUCAGGGAGUUUGGCGCACGCAUGAUUGUCGGAGGCAGGCGCGUGAUUGAUGACUACGAAGCUGCCAAGGCUCGUGCUGAGGGUGCCGUUGAGGGCGAGAUCGCCGACCCGAGCGAUAGGUUCGUCGAAGGUGAGCCUUACAACAAGAACCAGUACGUUGCAUGGCACGGUGCCAGCGCGGUCUACCACCAAACUGCACCAGCUGUGCAGACACCUAUCGGCAAGCCUGAGAUCAAGAAGCGGCGAGUGAACGUUAAUGACACCAAUUGGAUGCUCGAGCAUGCUCGGGAGGCGAGCCAUUUCAAUAGCACUCUGACUGCCGUUCGUCUCGGCCAAGUGAACGGUGUCUACGACAUCCACACAAACAUGAUGCAUUAUCCCGCAAUGAUGCAGCCAACGCACGUCAGGAUCGAGCAGGUCCCUCCCGCCGAAGAAGAAGAUGCUCCGUCCGACAGCAAACACUUCCCUCCCCUUCCUCCUCGUGUACCGCGCAACUUCCAGGUCAUGGAUUUCCACAUGGAGACACCACCUAGCGGUGUCGCGCCAUCGGCCUACGGAAAUACUGUGACCGCCGAUUUCCUCACCCCCUUCCGAGGUCUCAAUGCCGUCUCGGAUGAGAUCAAGGACCUUUUGCCCCCGGAGUGUCGACAGGCCUUCGAUGGUGCCGCUUCUAGGGAAAAGGAAUGGGUCUCCAGCCUCGGCAAGGAGAAGAGCGUCACUUGUCGUCGGCUACCUAUGGUCAACAAGGCUGUUGUACCGUUCUUCCCUACUAUUUAG